AUGAGAAUCUCAAGAACUUUAUUAUUCAUAGCAGCAUUUGUAGCAAUACUUUCAAUCGUCAGAGCCGCCUCCAACCCAAACCCAAACGCCGCCGUUAAAAAGGCCGGAAAAUCCGCUGGAAAACAGGGCAUGGACUGCAAAGACGGUGAUUGCGAAUGCGCCGACGGAAAGUGCGAUGGAGAAAACUGCAAGUGCGAGAACUGCCCAGCCAAGAAGGACGGCGCAAAGAGCCACAGCCACAACGGGGCGCCAUGCACCGACCCUAACUGCAAAGGAGAAAACUGCACUGACCCCAACUGCAAGUGCGAGAACUGCCCAGCCAAGAAGGACGGCGCAAAGGGCCACAGCCACAACGGGGUGCCAUGCACCGACCCUAACUGUAAAGGAGAAAACUGCACCGAUCCCAACUGCAAGAGCGAGAGCUGCCAGGCAUCCAAGUAA